UAGACCUGCAAUUAUUAUUCCUAACAUGGCGGCUCCUACAUCAUCAGAAAUUCCUUCUAUUGUUCAUAUCGGCCGGAUAUUGCCGGAUCAACCUGCAAGCCGCGAAUUUACCUCCCCAUUAUCACUGCUAGAUGCAACAACCGCCAACUUCAGUCUCACUAGCGCUAUAUGGCUCCUGGACCGUCCGAAUAUUUCUCUUGCUCCAGAUGAUCUUACUGGCCACCUACGCGCAGCGUUUGGCGCAACCUUGAACGCAUACCAACAGUGGUGCGGAUUUCUAAAAAGUAUCAUUACCAUUGAUAGCAACAAACCUACUAGAGAAACGGCCCAUUUCCCAACGUAUGCCAGACGCUACGGUCGAGUUUACGUACACUAUGGGACAGUUGCAGACCCAGGAGUUGAAUUCGUGGAAGCAACAAGCCUAGCAACUGUGGACAGCCUGUACAGCGUUCACUCCGCGAAGAGGCGGCCUAUUUGGAACCGACUGGAAAACGAGGUCACACUUUCUUGUUUUGUACCGCAGACAGCUGUGGUUAAUGCGCUUCAACCGAAUGAGAAAGAUGCAAAUGGGUCAUACAAGCCGUGCAUGGCUGUACAACUUACCAGGCUUGCUUGCGGUGGCUUCGUGAUAGCUGCGAAGAUCGCCCACCCGCUUGCAGAUAUCACGGCACUUACUCUCUUCCGGCCUGAUAUUCUGGACGCUCAUGCUGCGGGUGACAUCAAUGCCAGCGAAGCUAAUCCUACUAUUGUGCAAGAUGCACUUGCCCUUCCACUGCAUAGAUACGACUGGUGGGCACCACCUAUGAAGCCUCCAUCUCAAUUUUCUGCGGAUCUGGCUCCAGCUGGUAAGCCGCUCCCUUGGGCCGAAUGGGAUACGCAAGCGAAGGUAGAACAGUAUACGAUUCAUUUGAGCCAGAAACAGAUCGACUUUCUAUGGCAAUCUGCAACGCAAGACAGCUCCAUCAUGUUGCCAGGACUGAAAGUAAGCAAGCACGACGCCUUGUUAGCCCAUAUCUGGUCGUGCGUGGUGCGCGCUCGUGGUCUUCAGGAGGAUCAAGGACCAGUUCAUUGCGAUCUCGUGCUUGGUACACGACCAGUACUCAAACUUGGUGCCGGCUUCAUCGGAUCACCUACCAUGAUGCUGAACAUUGAGUCUACUGCCUCGCAAGUCGCUAGCACCUCGCUCGGAAAGAUUGCACAGCGCAUACGCGAAACAUUGAUGACAGUCAAUGAUGAACAACGACUAGCGGCUCACCUCCACAGUAUCGCAUACGAAAAGUCGCCUCAACGGAUUUGGCAGGGUUUUCUAGGUCAGCGGCACAUCAUGGUGACAACCUGGGCCCGAGCGGGCAUGUACGAAGUCGACUUCGGGUUCGGGGCACUCAUUCGCUACGCCGAUGGCGUUGUACCAUGCUUGGACGGGUGCAUUCUCAUUAACGACGCGCCACCAACGAAUUCUACAUCGUCUUCAAACACAUGUCCAAGAACCUGGACAGAUAAUGGAGUUGAUGUAACGUUGCCAUUACUCCCUGAAGACAUGAAGCGCUUGUUGCAAGACCCGCUGCUUCUGCCGGAAGUAUAAAUUCUAGUCUAUUACUUUUACAAACAUGAACACCGUUCAAGCCUAUUGCUCUACAAUCUGAAUAAUUAUGUUGCUUUUUGAGUAGCAAACACACUUAUAUGUACAAUGACAGUCUGUGUCAAAAG